AAUAAGAAAAUUGAGAAAAUCCAUUGCAAGUGGUUGAGAAAAUUUUUAUGCGGAAGUAGUUGUAGAUAGUGUGACAAAAAAAGUGAAAACUGCUGCACUGACUAAAGAAACACAUGAUUAGAACUCCCUAUAUAAUCAAUAACAUAUUGGAAGAUAAAUAUGAUUUUUAUAAUUAAGCAUGGAAGAUUAAUUAAAUUAGUCCAACUAGAAAAAUCUAUAAAUUUACAUUCUGUCCUAUGAUCGUUGGAAACAAAGAAGUGAAGAGGAUAGCGGGUGAAUAUUUGCGGAACAGAACGAGUUCGGAGAGAACAAAUAAACUUGUGUGAGAAUUGUGAGAAGAAUAGCCCGAGCAAAACAAAUGGCUAAAAAACGUGCAUUUGCAGCGUGCGGAGCCGAUAUUCAUGAGCUACAUAGUUAAAUGCAAUACCGGCGUGACAGGCAAAUAAUAAAAUAGCAACUAUAGAAGAAUUGUGCAUGUUGGCUGCAGAUAUGGGAUACAAAGCGAACGGGGAGGGUGGUAACAGCGGUAAAGGUCGUACUAACGGUCGUGGAAUGGGAGAUGACGACGAUGGGGGCGAUGAAGAAGAGAGUAACACGUUUUAUGAGGCAGUCAGUGAACCGGAUCUUUGCUUAGACACUCUUAAAAUAACGAAUGACGUCACAUCUGUAAACAAAACAAUGCAAAGUUUUGAGGAGGAUGCCGAAGAGAUCGAGGGUGCACAUUGUUUACCGCAGGCGACAGAUGUUAUUGACACUGAAUCCGCUGCGCCGUCGGGAGCUCAUACAACGAAUGUGAUUCACGAUGAUGUUCUCGUUGACACCGAGUGCAGUAUGCGUGGAGAUCUGCAAAAGGAAAACAUGAAAGACAAAGAUAAUACUUUUAUUGAUGAAAAUGCAGCAACACGUCCGAAACGGACUAAAAAUCUCAAAGACUUCAACAAAAUAAAUCAUACAAUUAUGCCUGAUGAUCAACAACAGAAACAUCGUCAGCAGACUUUGCUCACAACCAAAUCGUGUGAAACUCCCGCAACUGCUACGCUUUCGCCAACAAAUUCACACAGCGAUAGUGUCAGUGUUGGUGGUGGUGCCAGACGUAAAUCGUGGACUCUUUCACCUCAAAGUAAUGAUUCUACACCACAAAGUGGAGCCAAGAAGAAAAUAAAAUCCACAAGCCAAAAAUCACCAACGGCACCAUUAUCAUCAGCAGUAGCUGGUACAGAAAAUCUCAAUUUAUGGGUUGCGCGUGAAUGUUAUGAAACGGUACCGGCCGAAACAGUUUAUGAAGUAGAAGAUGGCAUCCUUGUAGUAGACGAUGAAGAGGCAGCUGUCGAAAGUUUGCUUGGUGCAGCUGCUGCUUUUCAACCGAACUCCAUUAAUAAGUCAGUGCAACGCAGACAAAAACAUCUACGUCAGCCACAACACAGACCCUUGGAGCGUUCGUGGCCGCCCAAAGCUGUGGGCAAAGAUUUAAAUAUGCAAUGCGAUGUUUUCAAGUUUGAUAUACUCGAUAUCGAUGAGAAGAUGGAUAGCUUUGGUGCUAUCGGGUGCAGCUCAGCUGAAGGCUUUAGUAGCGCUACAAGUAGUACAAAUAAUUCUCCUUUACUACUGCUUAACAAUGGCCCUCCUUCAUCCACCAGCCCACAAUAUGAUUUGCCCUCCGGCACAAUCAAUCAAACUCCCGUGAAAUUCAAGCCCUUAAUUAAGAAAAAAAUUGGCCCAGAUAGUUAUAUAAAUACGAUUACCACAAAGAAGGUGCCCGCUUCGGAAACUUAUGAUUUUCCAACAUUUCCUGUUAAAGAUAACUCAAGCUCGAACGUUUCUAAUGCAACGACUGCAAAUCAAUUUCCUCACAUACGCCAGCAUCGACCACUAACUCGCGUCAUGUCGAAUGGAAAGGGUCCUGUAGCUUGUAAUGCGCUUAAUUACGAUGAUUUAGCAGUUGGUGGCACACAUUCGCCACGCCUAUUGCUCUCCCCAAAACGUCAACGGAGUCCACCUUCGGGAUGUUCCUCACGGAGUGCCUCGCCAUUGGACUUAAAUUUAAGCCCAGAAACCAGUUCUCCACCAACUCCUCAGACUCAAUUUAAAUUCAGUUCCAAUUUGGGAAGUGGACCAUCAUCGCCUGCUACUCAUAUACGCCCGCAACAAAGGUUAUUAAAACGAGUUGGCGGUGGUGUCGGCGCAAACCUCGUAUGCCCACCGACUCCCACACAUCAUGCACGUCGCCAUCAACGACUGCAAUCCAACACCUCCGCAUUGGCAGCAACAGUGGACAAUUCGUUAACGGGGGCGACGUGCAAUCAAAUGGAUUACAACUUGUCGGCAAUACCAAAGUCCCCACCGAUUGCAAUUGGUGCUGGAAUUGGUGGUGCCACAGAACACCACAUCAUUGAUGGUGGCUUAGUGGAAGCUGUCGAUACAAAUAGUACAGCAAAUGAAGCAUGCAGCACACGUCUACCAUCCAUUCCGGAACGUGGUGCCGCUGCCGGUUUUCUUCGUGGAAAUUCGGCUUUCGGUGAAGGUGAGUCGGCCACCGAACCAUUGCCACCCGCUUGGGAAGCGCGAAUGGACAGCCAUGGACGUAUUUUCUAUAUUGACCAUACGACACGUACAACCUCGUGGCAGCGACCUGGUACGAAUGGAGGCGCAACUCUAAAUGGCGCUGGACGUGAGCACCAUCAUCGUCAACAAUUGGACAGACGCUAUCAGUCCAUUCGACGCACAAUUACUAGCGAUAAUCGUCUCUCGAAUGCCUCCGCUUACAGUGUGAGCGAUAAUGCUGCAUGUAAUAACACUGCCAAUCAAUACCCAAAUUCCAUGCACAGUAGUCCAAACGCGGGAAAUAGUAAUAAUUUAGGUAAUCUACAAAAUCUCAGUCUUUCUGUGCAUCCAGCUGUUGUGAUGCUCUGUCGUCCCGACUUUUAUUCCAUGUUACACACAAAUGAGGAUGCAUUAUCGAUAUAUAAUCGCAAUCCUGCACUUAAACACAUGAUUAUACGUAUACGCCGCGAUCCGCAGUGCUUUCAACGCUAUCAAUAUAAUAAAGAUCUGGUGGCGCUGGUCAAUACAUUCGCACAGCUCAAUCGAGACUUGCCCUCCUGCUGGGAGACUAAACUCGAUCAAUCGGGUAAACAGUUCUUCAUCGAUCACAAUAAUCGUAAAACCUCGUUCAUGGAUCCACGCUUGCCCAUUGAAAGCGCACGUGUCGUACGUCAAAGACAUCAGUUGCUUUCCCAUCAAUCGCCACAACUCUCUGCACAUUUUCCACACGCUCAUCAUCCACACCAGCAACCACCACAUCACCAUAAUUUCCAAUACGAUGCGCUCGACGGAAAUUGUAUUUCGGCGUCGGGAGUACCGCCACUGCCACCGCCCAGGCCGCCAAGCACUGUACGCACCGGCCCGAACGGUGCUUUGCGUGGCGCCACUGGCGGCGCUAGCAAUUAUGAGCAAUACAACGAGGUGCCUGUAGCUUAUAAUGAAAAGGUUAUCGCGUUUUUGCGUCAACCGAAUAUUUUGGAAAUCUUACGUGAAAGACAUGGUCAGAAUACAGUUUCACGUUCCUUGCGUGAGAAAAUUAAUAUUCUACGUGUAGAAGGUGUACCGGCGUUGGAGAGGUUAGCCCACGAUUUGCAGCUGACUAUUUUGUUAAGCCUGUUCGAACAGGAGAUUAUGAGCUAUGUUCCUAUUGAAGAACGCAGUCCACAGGGUUCGCCAGUGCUCAACUCGCGCAUGCCACAGCGCGCACCACCACCAUUCCGACGUGACUUUGAGGCGAAAUUGCGUGGCUUCUACCGCAAAUUGGAGUCGAAAGGCUACGGACAGGGUCCGCACAAACUAAAAUUACACAUUCGACGCACACAUCUGCUAGAGGAUGCCUUCCGACGCAUAAUGUCGGCCAACAAGAAAGAUUUGCAGCGUGGUCGCCUCGCUGUGCUAUGGGAUACUGAAGAAGGCUUGGAUUAUGGCGGUCCAUCAAGAGAAUUCUUCUUUCUGCUCUCACGUGAGCUCUUCAACCCCUAUUACGGCCUGUUUGAGUACUCAGCCAAUGACACAUACACCGUACAAGUCUCACCGCUGUCAGCAUUUGUGGACAAUUGUCACGAUUGGUUCCGCUUCGGCGGUCGUGUGUUGGGCUUGGCACUCGUACAUCAAUACCUAUUGGAUGCCUUCUUUACACGCCCAUUUUACAAGGCGCUGUUGCGUUUGCCCGUCGCGCUGAGCGAUCUGGAAUCGCUGGAUAAUGAGUUUCAUCAGUCGCUGCAAUGGAUACGCGACAAUGACAUCGGCACCGGCAUUGAUCUUGGUCUAACAUUUUGCGUUACCGAAGAGCUAUUGGGUCAUGUGGUCGAGCGUGAACUGAAGCCGGGCGGUAAGAACAUAAUUGUAAAUGAGAAAAACAAAAAAGAAUAUUUGGAACGCAUGAUUAAGUGGCGUUUGGAGCGUGGCGUACAAGAGCAGACGGAAUCGUUGGUGCGUGGCUUUUACGAGGUGGUCGAUGCGCGUCUUGUUUCCGUAUUCGAUGCACGUGAAUUGGAAUUGGUUAUUGCCGGUACGGCCGAGAUUGAUAUUAACGAUUGGCGUUUAAAUACCGAAUACCGUUCGGGUUAUCAUGACAACCAUCAGGUGAUCAUUUGGUUUUGGCAAGUUAUCGAGAAAUUCACAAACGAACAACGUUUACGACUGCUACAAUUUGUAACCGGCACCUCUAGUAUACCCUACGAAGGCUUCUCAGCACUGCGCGGCUCAACUGGUCCACGACGAUUUUGCAUCGAAAAGUGGGGCAAACCGAAUGCCUUGCCACGUGCGCACACCUGCUUCAAUCGCUUAGAUUUACCGCCUUAUCCGACGCCCGAAUUGCUCUAUGAGAAAUUACUAUUAGCCGUAGAAGAAACGAACACAUUCGGCAUAGAGUAGGUAUGCGAAGCGAUUGCGCAUGCGUUGUUGUUUGUGUCUAGCUUGGCGGUUAGUAGUUUAGUGUCAGUCGCAAGUUCAACUUAAUGAAUUAAGUUAAUUUAUUAAAAAUCGUUAGUAUAGACGAAAAAAGUGAUAU